UGUUCUAAAAGAAAAAACAAAAGAGUCAGGGCUGCUUUCGAUAGUGACCGUGACGCGUUUCCAUUAUCUAUGGUUUCCUGGAAGGCAUGCGGGAGCUGUCUAGUACUUUCCCAAUGAACUUCGAGACCAACAAAGUCAAUGAACUCUCCAUUUCAAGCUAUAUGUCCUCAAUCGGCACUCAUUCUGCUAUUUCUUUAAAUUAGUUGAGCUGUUCAAUACAAAUCAAGAGCUAGAGUUCCUUGAACAUCUUAUCUUCUCCGCAACAUGGCGGCACUAGGCUCUGUUUCCUCCGCAGCUGUGUCUUCUAGUUACGAUGUGUUUCUCAACUUUAGGGGCAAAGAUACUCGCAAUAACUUCACUGCUUUCCUUAACCAAGCUCUGAAAAACUGUGGAAUCAAUGUCUUUAUGGAUACUGUAGGUUUGUCGACUGGAGAUGAAAUUGGCCCAACCCUUCUUAGAGCGCUCCAGAGUUCCAGAAUCUCCAUCGUUGUCUUAUCCGAAAAUUAUGCGGGUAGCAAAUGGUGUCUGAUGGAACUUGCUCAGAUAGUUCAAUGCCAAAGAUCCAACGGUCAAAAGGUCUUGCCAAUAUUCUACCAUGUUGACCCAUCUGACAUUCGGCAGCCGACCGGAAGAUUUGAAGAGCCGUUUGAAAAACAUGAGAUAAAAUUUGGGCGAGAUACUAUAGACAGUUGGAGGGAAGCUUUGAGAGUGGUUGGAAAUUUCAAUGGAGUAAUUGUCGACCAAAAUAUGGAUCAAGCAGAAGUAGUUGACCGAGUUGUCAAAAAAGUUUUAAAUGAAUUGGUUCCUAACUCGAAGUUUGAGGAGCUAAUGCAAAUGGUGAAGACUUUCAAGGAAUUUGUGAUCAAUUCCAGUAAGCGCAUUACAAGCCUGCAUAUUUAUGCAGGAGACGACCACAUCUCAUCGAGAAGCUAGGAUAAUCAGGCUUGAGGAGGCAAUCGUAGGACGCGACCAGGAGAUUAAGAGGUUGAGGGAUGAGGUGGCUAGUCUCAGGUUGGGACCUUCGCAAUAGGAGUUGGUCACCAUGAGUUGAUCCGAUAGCUAGAAGAGUGUUUUCUCUCUCAGUUUGUCCUGUUAGUUCAAAGUUCUCUAGAUGAUCAUGAUUCAUGGUAUAACACUCAAUGUAAACUAGUCUCCAAAUGGAUGAUCUUUUACACAAUUUGCUUCAAGGUGUAUUCUACUCAUCUACUCGGAAACUAAUUCACAUUUUAUUC